UGUAAUUUUCCCUAUAAAUUCAUUGGUCACUACAUCCCUUAAAGUGAUAUUCUCGUGCAGCCAUGGAAUCUUCUUCUUCUUCUUCCGUGGUUCUUCCGUGGGUAAUAUUCCUCUGCGGCGCAGUCCUCGUGCACCCAAAUCCAACCCUCCCCGCCAACCAAUCAGCAUCGCUGAUUUUGCCCCUCAAAGCAAUGCAAAUCCCCAACAAGCUCUCCUUCCACCACAACGUCUCCCUCACCGUCUCCGUCGCCGUCGGCUCGCCGCCGCAGCGCGCCACCAUGGUCCUCGACACCGGCAGCCACCUCUCCUGGCUGCACUGUGCCGGAGCCGCCGCGCCGCCGUCCUCCUUCAACUCCGGCGCCUCCACGUCGUACCGCCCAAUCCCCUGCUCCGCGCCCACCUGCACCAACCCGAUCUCCGAGUUCUCCCUGCCGGUUUCCUGCGCCGCCGGCAACCUCUGCCACGUCAUCCUCUCCUACGCCGACGCCUCCGCCGUCGAAGGCAGCUUAGCCGCCGACACCUUCCGCCUCGACGAGUCGGGCACGACCUUCCCGGGUACGGUGUUCGGGUGCAUGGUGUCCGGGUCGAGCCCGAACCCGGAAGAGGACUCGAAGGCGACCGGUCUACUCGGGAUGAACCGGGGCCGGCUCUCGUUCGUCUCCCAAUCCGGUUUUCCGAAAUUCUCCUAUUGCAUCUCCGGCCGAGACUCCUCCGGCGUCCUCCUCCUCGGCGCCGCCGAUUACCAGUGGCUGAGGCCUCUGAACUACACUCCGAUGAUCCAAAUCACCACCCCGCUGCCGAAUUUCGACAAGAUUGCGUACACCGUACGUCUCCAGGCGAUCCUCAUCGCCGGCAGGCCGCUGUCGGUGCCCGAGUCCGUAUUCGAACCCGACCACACCGGGGCGGGUCAGACCAUGGUCGAUUCGGGCACGCAGUUCACCUUCCUGCUGGGCCCCGUUUACGCAGCGCUGAAAAGCGAGUUCCUGAAUCGGACGGCGGGGAUUCUGCAGCCGGUGGAGGAUCCGAAUUUCGUUUUCCAAGGAGCGAUGGAUGUGUGCUACAGAAUUGGGGAUAUUUCGCGGGUGGAUUUGGAGGUGGCGCUGCCGAGCGUGACGGUGGUGUUGGGAGGAGGAGCGGAAAUUAGGGUUUCGGGGGAGAGAUUGCUGUACGGAAUUGGGGGAAAUCGGUACUGCCUGACGUUCGGGAACUCGGAGCUGUUGGGGGUGGAGGCGUACGUGAUCGGGCACCAUCACCAGCAGGACAUGUGGGUGGAGUUCGAUCUGGUCAACUCGCGGGUCGGACUCACUGAGUUCAGCUGCGAGUUGGCUAGCCGGAGAAUGGGUUUAGAGUCUUGACCUGGAAACUGAAAUCCUAUAUAUAUAUUAUAUAUAGAUUCUUGCAUGGUUUGUUUUCAUCUUAGAAACUUAUAUAUAUGUCGACAGUGUAUGUUAUGUAAUUUGUAAUGGAGAGUACGUAACUGUGUAUGAAGUUGG